UUUGACACCAUUUUUAUCCCCCUCCCUCCAUCUUUCCCCCACAUUUCAUUUCAUUUCCACCCUCACUCACUCCCUUUCUCUCUCUACCUAUUUCUUUCUCUCCCUCUUUGCUCUCCUCCUUCGCCUAUCACAGCCAAAACAGAAGAAGAACAAGCAGAAGGAGAAGGAGAAGAUCCCAUUCCAAUCUUUCCCACAUAUAUACUCUCUCUUCCCACUUCCUUCGCAAUCAUUAAAACCCCAUAAAAAUGGCGCUCAUGCUGGAAAGCCCACCGUUGGCCGGCGAUCAGCAGGGGCUCCUCCUGUCGCUAGAGAACCACAAGUCCGUCCCGGCGCCGUUCCUGACCAAGACCUACCAGCUGGUCGACGACCCUUCCACCGACCACGUCGUCUCCUGGGGAGAGGACGACUCCACCUUCGUCGUCUGGCGGCCCCCGGAAUUCGCACGUGACCUCCUCCCCAACUACUUCAAGCACAACAACUUCUCCUCCUUCGUCCGCCAGCUCAACACCUAUGUAGGUUUUAGGAAGAUCGUGCCGGACAGAUGGGAAUUCGCCAACGACUUCUUCAAAAAGGGCGAAAAGCACCUCCUCUGCGAAAUCCACCGCCGCAAGACAGCUCACCCACCACCUCCUCCUCCUCCCCUGCCGCCGCACCACCACCUCGCCGGAUUCUUCCCUUUCUCCGACCGGAUCGACGACGAAGACGACCACCACCACCUCUUCCCCUCCCACCACAAUCACAACCAUAACUACUGGGACUCCACUCCGCCGCCGCCGGCCGGGAACACGGUGACGGCGCUGGCGCAGGACAACGAGCGGCUGCGUCGGAGCAACAACAUGCUGAUGUCGGAGCUGGCCCACAUGAAGAAGCUGUACAACGACAUCAUCUACUUCGUCCAGAACCACGUCAAGCCCGUCGCACCUCCCAGCAACCACCAUACGACGCCGUUCCCGCCCUUCCAUUCCAAUCUGAAGCCGUGGAACCAGCUUCAGCUUGGCUACAAUAGUAACAACAACGCUCCUACUACGACUACUACUACUACCGGGAGAACGUCGCCCAGCUACAGCAACAGCGGGAACUCGCAGAGCACGGUGACGAUCUUGGAGGAGAUUCCCGGCAACAAAAACGACGGCGUUGAGAAGAAUGGUUCAUGCGGCAGGACGAAGCUGUUCGGGGUGCCCAUCUCCAAGAAGAGGGUGCACCCGGAUCAGUACUGUGUGGAGAAUGGUAAGGCGGCGCAACGGUUGGUGUUGGAGAAGGACGAUUUAGGGUUGAAUCUCAUGCCUCCUUCCGCUUGUUAAGUUAGUUAGUUAGUUAGAUUCCCUUUGAUGAGUGUUAUUUUGAUUAGUUCAGUAUGAUGAUGAUGGGUUUUUGGUGCAGAAUCUUUCUUAGAACCCGAGCUAAUUAAUAUGCUGUAGAUGAUCAUGAGAUAUUGAGAUCUCUUCUAAAUUCGAUCGGGUUCCUCUUUUUUGUUUUGUUUGUUAAAUGUUUUGGUGAUGAUGAUGAUGAUGAUGAUCGUAGAUUGUCAUCCGAUCGAUCACGGUGGUUGCUUUAGUGGAAAAAGCAAAAAUGUGGAUGACUUCUUUUUCUUUUUCUUUUGUGUACAGAAAUAUAUGCGACUUUUCUUUUAAGCUAGC